AUGGGACGGUUAAAUGGCACCAAACUUGGUGCUUUCCGAGCCUAUUUCUUCGGUUUCUUUAUUUGCCUCGCAGGUUUCCUAUUCGGUUAUGACACCGGAAUUGUUGGUGGAAUUCUCACAUUCAAAUCCUACAUGAAGGAUUUCGGCUACACCGAUGAAACCACCGUCGACGCAGUAAUGGUCAGUCUACAAAACGUGGGCGCAUUCUUCACUUCAUUGUUCAUCUUCCCCAUAUCCGAGCGCUAUGGCCGCAAGAAGACCAUCCAAGCCUCCAUGUUCAUCUUCUGCAUCGGUGUCGUCCUUGAACUGGUCCCGUCGCACUCCCUGGUCUGCUUCUAUAUUGGCCGUGUAGUCUGCGGUAUUGGUCUUGGUGGUGCGACCACCGUCGUGCCCACUUACAGUGCUGAGAUGGCUCCCAAGGAGAUUCGUGGCAUGCUGGGCUCGGGCAUGCAGUGGUUCUUCGCCUUUGGCGUGAUGGCGAGUUACUGGAUAGAUUAUGGUGUUGAGCAGAGCCUCGCAGGACAAUCAGCAGAGUGGCGCAUUCCUGUUAGUUUGCAAUUGGUGCCGUCUUCCAUUCUGGCGUUGGGUCUGUUCACCCAGCCCGAGAGUGUUCGCUGGUUGGCAAAGAAGGGACGCAUGGAGGAGGCGUGGAAGAACCUGAUUUGGAUGCGUGCUGAUGAUGGCCCCGAUGUCAAGGCUGAAUUCCGUGAAAUCGAAAUCGGUCUGCAAGAGGAGCUCAAGGCAACAGAAGGCCUGAAGUCAAAGGAGCUCAUGCAACCCGCCAACCGCUAUCGACUAAUCCUCGCAUUCCUAAUGUUCUGCGGCCAACAAUGCACCGGAAUGACAGCGCUAGCUUACUACGGGCCACAAUUCUUCAAGAUCAUCGUCGGCAACGACAGCAGCCGCUCCCUUCUCGUGACAGGCCUCUUCGGCGCCGAGAAGUUCGUCACAGUAGGAACAUACAUUCUCUUCUUCUCGGAGAUGUGGGGACGCAAACCGACACUCUGGAUCGCCAAUCUCCUCAUGGCAUGCUGCUUCAUUGUGGUUGUAGUCGUGAACAAGACAACCGACUCCCUCGACGCAGCGGGAGAUCCUUCCAGCGCCGGAAUCGCCACUGUCUUCAUGAUCUUCCUCAGCAACUCAAUCUACCAGUUCAGUUGGGGUCCUAUUCCGUGGCCGUACACGACCGAGAUCUUCCCUUCGCGUAUUCGUGAGAUCGGAUCUUCGGUCGCUGUCUCUUCUCAGUGGUUGUUCAACUUCCUCUUCUCGCUCACAACGCCUUACAUGAUCAAGGCAUGGGGUACAUACACUUUCCUCUUCUAUGCUGCUCUGGAUAUCUUCAUGGCUGUUUGUGUUUUCUUCUUCGUGAAGGAGACCCGGGGCAAGUCCCUUGAGGAGAUGGAGAGUAUCUUCCACAGUGCGGCUGCGUUUGAUGUGGAGAUUGCUCGUCAUGAAGGCGAGGCCAUUCCAGAUGAUAACUUUAGUGCGCUUGAGGUGCAUGGCAACUUGAAAACGGAUACCAAGAGGAGUCACGACUCGGAAUAA